AUGGCUGACAGGGACGACUUGCGUUACCACGUGCGCCUGCAUGCGGUACAAGGUGAGCUGUGCUGCAAGCUGUGUCAGCAGCAGUUUCGCACCCUGGUUGAUUUCAAGGGGCACUGCGACAGCCAUGGCCCCAAGCCGUUGCAGAAGCCGCCUCGCCGCAAUCCCGCCAUGCUCUCGUGUGGUGCCUGCGGGAAGCUGUUUCGCUCGCAGGCCUGGCUGGAGCGUCACAUAGAGCAGCGGCACGGUGGUGACGACGUGGACAGUGUCGAGAGUGCUCCUGCUUCGCAAGAUAGGGGACCCCCAACGCUGCAGUGCUGUGCCUGCGCACGCACCUUCACUUCAGCGUCCGCUUUACAGUCACACGAGCGGUCACAUUUUGAAGGGCAGCCAGGCAGCUUGGGCGAGCAUGCCUGUUCCCUGUGUGACCGGUCCUUCAGCAGCUACCGGGGUCUGCGCAUGCAUCAGCGCAAGCACAUCGGCUGCCAGCAGACUGGCAAGGGAGGUGCGACCACUGAGCCAGUGAUUGAGACAGUGACGGCAGCACCAUUUGACACCAGCAUAGCACCUACUACUCCCAUGGAUGGAGAGACGGUCUUCUCGGAUGCGGCAAUGGUGCCCUUGCAGUCAGUCGGGGAUGAGGGUGGUGACAGCAGCACUGAAGGAGCUGCAGUUACGACCGAUGUUGAAAUGGCAACAGAGGACAGCAGUAACAAGGCGAUGGAGCACGCGUGCCCCCUGUGUGGCAAGACGUUUGAGCGUGCCCUGAAACGUGACCACCACGUGGUGCGCAAGCACACCAAGGCGUACCCGCUGCAGUGCACCAUGUGCCGCCGGGGGUUCAUGUUCCGCAAGAACCUCGACCGCCACUUCCAGGAUGCACACAGCAGUCACUACAUGGUCACAACAGCUCCAUCAACAAGCAUGCAGCCCGACAUGGCGUCUGGUACAAGGCAGACACAAUUCAAGUGCAACUACUGUGCCUACACUGGGUCUGCUCUGGGGGACAUCCAGGCGCACCUGUCCUCCCACCCAGAGAUUCGCUUCUAUGCUUGCGACCGCUGUGACAAGGAGUUUUCCAGCGAGGUGCGGUACCAGCGGCAUAUGGAGCGGCGCCAGUGCCGGCAGCGGCCCCAGUGCGACCAGUGUGGCAAAUGCCUGAGCAGCCAGACAGCGCUGCGCAACCACCGCCUCUGCCACGGACAGGAUCGGGGCUUCAGCUGCGACCAGUGCGCAGAGAGCUUCAAGACCAGCACCACGCUCAAGUACCACCAGCAGGCAAAGCACGGUGCCAACAAGGCGUUCAAGUGCGAGCACUGUUCCAAGGGCUUCAACUUCUUGGCGCAGAAGAAGCGCCACGUGAGUCGCGUCCACCUGCGCCAGACCAACCAUGCGUGCACCAUGUGCCCCAUGCGCUUCAUGACCCGGCGUGAGCUCAUGCUGCACCUGCUCUGCGGACACAAGUUCCAGCCAGAAAUGUCCGACAAAGGUGCUGCCCUGAUGCCUGAUGGAACGAGUGCGCCGAGCCUGAAGCUGUUCCGGUGCGAGCACUGCGAGUACGUGUCAUACAGCCGCAAGGGCUACCUGCGCCACCUGGUGGACCACACGGGCGUGUGGCCCUUUGCGUGCGACCUCUGCAGCAAGGGCUUCAUCGAGCGAAACCAGGCCGAGCGGCACAUUCGCACUGCGCACACGAGCGAGAGCUACCCGUGCCCCCAGUGUCCCCGUGUCUUCGUGCUCCCUUCCAGUUUCCAGGAUCACCUGCAGGCACACGAGGAGCAGCGAGGCAGCACGUGCAGCCAGUGCGCCAAGUACUUUGAGACGCAGGGCCUGUACGACCUGCAUCUGCAGGCCCACUCCCGUGACCUGCACUACCGGUGCCACACUUGUGGUCAGGGCUUCAACAAGAUUGCCUCGCUCAACUUCCACACCAUUGUGCACAAGCACGAGAAGGCGGGCCCCAACACAUGGAGCCACGCGUGUGACGUGUGCAAGAAGCGCUUCAAGUACCGGGCAGCUGGCCGCUCACCGCUACCGCCACUCGCAGGAGACCCGCUUCCAGGCGACCUGUGCCAGGUGACGCUACACUCCGAGAUGUGA